AAACCAAUAAUACGCUUAAAACCAAUAAUCUGCUUUUCACUCACCAUUGUUGAACCUUCCCUUGUGUCUCUGUUUCGUUGACAUGGUGACUUCAAAAUUUUGAUGUUUCUAUUAAGCGGAUUGUUCGUUUCACCAUAAUGUGGUGAUUGCUUGGGCUUUAAGCCAGUUGAGGGGAUGAUGAGAUGAUGAGAUGAGCUAUUCAGUUACGGCAAGUUUGAGAUUUUAGAUAUUCCCCUUACGGAAGUCUUUUUGCAUUGUGGGGUUCUCUCUCCUUCUUCCACCUUUUUAGAAUCUUUGAUAUUGCGGAUAAUUGCUGACAAAUGCAGUCAAUGUGAUCUGUGUGGAGAGUCCAAAAACCUUCAUGUCGUCGGUGAAAUUCAUACGCGGGCAGUAUUUUAAAACCUUAAAAUAUUGUUUGCUCGAAAGAGAACGAAGGUACAAGGGAAGACACUGAAGUAGCAAGAAUAUAUUCUGAGUUUGCAUGAGAUGAAACGGCCUACUUUGACUCUGAUAGUAGGACUUUGCUUAGGCUUUGUGACUGGGGUGGGUUUGGCAAUUUCGAUUGCAGUAUGUGUCAUAUGUGGAAGGAAGCGCACAAAGGUUGGGAGGAGCAGUUCUCAGAAUGCAGUGACCGUUCCUGUUAAUGCCAUAGCGGUUGAUUCUCACUCAACAUUAUCGGACGGCCUGGAGUCUCCCAGAACAUCUGAGUGGAGUAACACGCCUCUAUGGUUGGAAAGACUAAGGAAGAAGAGCGCAGUGUCAGUAUGUGGAAUUCCCAAGUAUUCUUACAAAUAUAUACAAAAGGCUACUUCUAAUUUCACAACCAUCAUAGGCAAUGGAGCAUUUGGUCCUGUUUAUAAAGCUCAGAUGUCCACAGGUGAGACAGUGGCAGUUAAAGUUCUUGGUACUAAUUCAAGACAAGGAGAACAGGAAUUUUUAACUGAGGUUUUAUUACUUGGAAGAUUACAUCACAAAAACCUUGUGGAUUUGGUGGGGUAUGUGGCAGAAAGAAGACAACAUAUGCUUCUUUUCAUUUACACGAGCAAUGGCAGUCUUGCUUCCCAUUUGUAUGGAAAGCAUGAGCCAUUGAGCUGGGGUUUGAGGCUAAGCAUAGCACUAGAUGUUGCAAGGGGACUGGAAUAUCUACAUUAUGGGGCUUCUCCACCUGUUGUGCAUCGUGACAUCAAAUCUUCCAACAUACUUUUGGACCAUUCUAUGAGAGCCAAGGUCACUGACUUCGGGCUCUCCAGACCAGAGAUGAUCAAACCUCGCACAUCAAAUAUCAGAGGAACUUUCGGAUAUCUUGAUCCUGAGUAUUUGUCUACAAGAACCUUUACUAAGAAAAGUGAUGUAUAUAGUUUUGGUGUACUACUAUUUGAGCUUAUCACUGGCAGGAAUCCACAGCAAGGGCUCAUGGAAUAUGUAAAUCUAGCAGCAAUGGAAGGUGAGGGUAAGGUUGGAUGGGAAGAAAUUGUUGACAUGCAAUUAAACGGAAAGUAUGAUUUGCAUAAUCUUAAUGACUUGGCUUCACUUGCAUUCAAAUGUGUUAAUGAAGUCUCUAAAAGCCGACCUCCGAUGUACGACAUUGUUCAAGAAUUAUCUCAGCUUCGUAAGAGGCAUAGUAAAAAUCAUAGUCGAGCAUCUUCUGAUGCAUUAAAGGAAGUCUCCAUUGAAGUGGACCAGCUUGAAACUGACAAGUUUUCAACAAUUGAGAGUACAAAGAUGCUGCGCAGAUUACAUAGCCGAUGAUUUUUAUGAGUUUGCUAGUGCUUUUGGAGUUUUUUUUCUUUUGUUCACUUAACGAUUUAACUUCUUUACCACACUAGAACUAUGAGAUAGAUGAUUGCAUAGCCGAUUAAUCCGUGAAUCUGCUAGUGCUUUUGGAUGCGAAAUUAGUAUAUGCAUUUUAUUUUGUUUACUUAGCAAUUCAAAUUGUGAAAUAGAUGGGGUAUAAUAUCGUGAUUUUGUUAGGGGAAUCCCGAAUCCUACACACAAGUUCAAUAAGUAAAAAGUAUAGGUGGGGAGUGUGAGGGUUAAAAAAAGUAUGUUGAGUAAACUUCAUGGUUCGCGAGCAUGCAAAAAAAUGACUUAUUUUCAUCGUUCAUAACUUUUCACCUCAUCGCGAGCCUAUUCUCGUGACAGUAUAAUCAUU